CCUUUUGUCUGUGGAAUGAAUUUAAGUAGAAGCUGCAGUUACAAACGAAGCUGAUCUGAUCUGAACUAGACUGAAAGGAAACGAAAAGAAACGAAGAAACAACAAACAUGACUUGGGAAACUACACCGACAUCUCCGACACACGAGGGAAGUAGCCGCAGCUCGCACGCUCGAUCCCUUUCUCACAAUCACUCGGCUCCGGAGGAGGGUCCGAGGGGUUCUCCGCUGCACCACAUGCAGGAACGAGAGCGCGACCAGUCGCRAAGACAYUAUUCCAGACAUUCUCCUUCCGAAAAGAAGACCACGCUUCCGGCCGGAGGACGAAGAUCUCCAACGCAUCCUCCUCAGGCUUCGAUGCCGAGGCGCCCACCACAGCAGUACUAUCCCUACGAUUCUGCAUCCUCGUCUUCUCCUUCUCACCACUACCCUCCUCCCAAGUUUGCACCGUAUCCUUCUCCUCUACCAAACCCACCUCUUCAUCGCCAGAAUGUUCCGCACUAUAAGUACAACACUUACGCKCCUAUGGCCCCGUUUCACAACAACAGAGAAAUGCCUAGUUUCGCUUCUAUCGAUCAACAACAAGAAMGACAGCGUUCUAUUUCAUCGAACAACAUCUCUGGCGGCUCUUGCACCUGCAAAAAGUCAAAGUGUCUCAAGCUGUACUGCCAGUGCUUUGCCGAUUCCACUACAUGUGGCCCCAAAUGUCGUUGCAGCAACUGCCACAAUACCCCCGCCCACGCAGAGGACAUUGAGAUGGCCCGGARGAGMGUCCUCGAGCGGAAUCCCGGUGCCUUUGAGGGGAAGUUUCAAACGACCGGUUCUGUUCCGUCGGGGCCAUCAGGACCUCUUGCAACCCCUACCAGCUAUCGAAGCGGGGGUCCCUUUCCUAGCGCCUGUCCCGAUCCACGGGGCCCUGUUCCCGUUCACGGCCACCCAGGGAGCUAUCCCCCUCCACAGAUGCAGGCGCCUCCCCUGGGAUACCGUGGUCCACUUCCACCAUUUUAUUCCUACAGCUCACCGUACGGUUCGAGGCCACAACACCCCUUUCCAGAGACGACUCCACAUAAGGAACCAGUACUACCAUCGUCCCAACGGGUCAAUAAAUGGGGCUGCAAAUGCCGCAAGUCGUUUUGCCUUAAAAAGUACUGCGAGUGCUAUCAGAACAAUGCCCAUUGCGGGAUUCACUGCCGUUGCAUCAACUGCAAGAACUUGCCGCCGAUGCAAGGUCCCCCACCUGGGGAACCACCAAGCAUGACACCGAUGCAAGCUCCAACACCGAUGGUUGUGCCUUGUACACCUCGGAAGGAGACAUCUCCGCUGCAUUCUUCCCCGAGUGCGGUUCUGAGAACCGCGGUUUCCGAAUCCGAAGAAAGUGGAUCCAACAGCAGCCUAGAGAGCACACCGAGUGGCUCAGCUACGGAAGCAAGUACGAAAAAAACUAUGGUUUCGCCCAAAUCCGAAUCGGAGGAGGAACCAGAAGAAAUGGAGACCAUGCCCCUGAACAAAAUGGCCAUGAAGAAACAGAAGAUGCUUCUGCGAAAACAAAAGGAAGAAAAGCAAGCCCAGGUGCCAUCACCCCAUGUGGUGCCCGAAACUCCUUUCGCCAAGACCGAAACAGCGAGUGAACAACAAAAUCGACCACACUCCAAAAAAGAAGAAGAUCGUCUUGCCAUCAUGGCGGCAGUUGCGAUGACAGAACUACUGGACGGAAGCAGUAGAAGCAAUAAGCUCACCGAGGACUACACAACCCGUACAAGAGAGCUUUCUAAGCGAAAGUCGGACGAAGCGCUCUCGGCACCCACCAUAUCCCCCGACCCUAGAAUUUCGGACAGCAGCAUCGACGGUGUAGAACACGAUAUUCAGGGAGUCCCUAAACGCCCUCGUGCGACUCCAAUCGAAGGCGAAGAGUCGCCAGUCCGAAAACUGGAAUCUAGAACUCCUCCGACGUCCAAAACUGUCGGAAUGCCCCGAGCUGUUUCGCACGGAUCCUUUUUGCCCUCCCUGCCACCGCCACCAUCGCACAAUACGCCAUAUCACCACCAACACCCGGGCUAUCGGCCCUCUCCUGCUUUCCAUCAUUUCGCACCGCACCCUUCACCGUAUCCACAGCUUCGGCCACCACAAGCCUAUCCUCCUUCUCGCGACAUGGGGCCACCUUACUACAGUAAUCAAUAUGGUCCCCCACCUGGGCCUCCUCCGCCGAGACCUUAUUAUUCAUCAGGACCUCCACGCAGCCACAUUCAGAGCUACAAAGACGCUUUGAAGGUCAGCGGACUACCGAAGUCCCUGAGCUUCCGCAAGAUUUGUUCCAAGUGCGGUCGUACACGCGCCGAGCACGGCGAGCUUGGCUUUGGUAACAAGUGCACCUUUGAAACCUGUGGAAAGUGUGGAGCGGCCUGCAGCCUGCACACAUCAGCGAAGCCCAAGACCCAGAUGGGAAUCCUAUGUCGGCUUACGGUGGAAGAGGGCGCCGUACCGGGGGCCGCAACUGCCUACGACCGCAAGAUUCGAGCCCUUGCAGCUCGUGCCGAGCUCCAGAAAACGCUGCUUGACGACAAGCGAGACCGAACUGAGCGAUUGGCACACCAUAUGGCAGCCAAGACCGUGGCAUCCUCGUCCGUGUGAGCGUGAGAUGGACUUCGACCGAUCUUUGAAGAACUAUUAUGACAUAAAUGGCUGUCUGUAUUAUACACCAAAGCUGAAUAAACUAAAUUGAAUCAA